GGUAUUUGGUGGUGCCGUGCUUGACAUGGCUUCUCACUUGUACACAAAUCCACCUCAAAACCUUCACUUUCUUCCUUCUUCUCCUUCCCUUAAACCUCACUUAUACCUCUCUUUCAAACGCAUAAACCCACAACCCAAAUCCUCAUCCUCCUCCGUCUUCGUCCCUUGCGCAUCACAGAGCUCCAUUGCCAUUACCUCCAACGAAAGAUGGUCUCUCAAUGGAUUGUCUGCUCUUGUCACCGGCGGCACUCGCAGGAUCGGGCGUGCGAUUGUAGAGGAAUUGGCUGGUCUUGGAGCAAAGGUUCACACUUGCGCUCGAAAUGAGAACGAGCUAGAGAAUUGUUUGAGUGAUUGGAACCGUUCUGGUUUCAGAGUUGCGGGAUCCGUCUGCGAUGUCUCUGAUCGAUCUCAGAGAGAGGAUUUGAUGGAGACUGUAUCAUCUGUCUUUGACGGGAAGCUCCAUAUCCUUGUAAACAAUGUUGGGACGAACAUUAGGAAACCCAUGGUAGAGUUUACGGCUGGAGAAUUUUCGACUCUCAUGUCGACGAAUUUCGAAUCGGUUUUCCAUUUAUGUCAGCUUGCUUAUCCGUUACUUAGAGCAUCUGAGGCUGGCAGUGUUGUAUCCAUCUCUUCUGUUUCUGGUUUUGUCUCACUCAAGAAUAUGUCGGUUCAAUCUGCAACCAAAGGAGCAAUUAAUCAACUUACGAGAAGUCUUGCUUGCGAGUGGGCCAAGGACAAUAUAAGGAUCAAUGCUGUUGCGCCGUGGUAUAUCAAAACAUCUAUGGUGGAGCAAGUCCUUAGCAACAAAGAGUACCUAGAAGAAGUUUACUCAGUAACUCCUCUUGGUCGACUUGGCGAACCGAGAGAGGAACUAGCUAUGUUGGGAGCAAGAGUCCACACAUGUGCCAGAGACGAAACUCAGCUUCAAGAACGCUUAGGUAGUAAGCAAUGCAGGAACAUGUAUAGCCACGCCGACCACAAAGUAUACAUAAGAAGAUUUCUCGUUGCUGAUGGCUACAAAUCUGGAGUCAGCUUUCCAUCUCUCGCAGCUCGCACAUCCUUUGUUGGAAGCUUCAGGUUCAGGGAGCAUUGUGCUUAUGUCCUCUGUCGCUGGGGUUGUCCCUCUGAGUGUCGGAUCCAUCUAUGGAGCAACCAAAGUGAAGAAAACGCAAAAGAAAAGGUGGAGAGUAGACCAUCGAUGGGUCGUGUUGGAGAAGCAAAUGAAGUCUUGUCGCUUGUGGCAUUUCUCUGUCUUCCUGCAGCUUCUUAUAUAACAGCAUUGGUGUCAAAGGGUGGUCCAUCAAACUAUGCAGAUGUCACUAAGGGUUUUCAUUUAGAAUGGAGUCUUCAAGGUAUGACUGCUCUUGUGACCGGUGGAGCGGGAGGAAUUGGGCAUGCCAUAGUAGAGGAGCUAGCCCGUUUUGGGGCCAAAGUCCAUGUAUGCGACAUAUCUGAAACACUGCUCAACCAAAGUUUAAGCCAGUGGGAAAAGAAAGGAUUUCAAGUGAGUGGUUCAAUCUGUGAUGUAUCCUCUCGUCCAAAGAGAGAAACACUCAUGCAAACUGUCUCCUCGCUGUUUGAGGGCAAGCUCAACAUUCUUGUGAACAACGCUGGCGUAAUUCGCACAAAGCCAACAACGAAAUAUGUGGAAGAUGAUUUCUCCUUCCUGAUGUCAACAAAUGUGGAGUCUUCUUAUCAUCUUAGCCAGCUUUCACAUCCUCUCUUAAAGGCUUCAGGCUCUGGAAACAUCGUCUUCAUUUCGUCUAUUGCAGGGGUUGUAUCGAUUGACUGUGGAUCCAUCUAUGGUUUAACCAAAGGAGCUUUGAAUCAGCUAGCAAGAAACUUGGCAUGUGAAUGGGCAAGAGAUGGCAUAAGAGCCAACGCUGUUGCUCCUAAUUUUAUCACCACUGCUCUGGCUCAAGCUUAUCUUGAUGUCGCCGGUUUCAGGGAGGCACUGUUCAGUAGAACUCCACUUGGUCGCGCUGGAGAACCAAAAGAGGUUGCAUCACUUGUGGCUUUUCUAUGUCUACCUGCAGCUUCAUAUAUUACUGGUCAGACCAUUUGUGUUGAUGGAGGUCUUACUGUUAAUGGCUUCUCCUAUCAGCAACAGGCUUGAGAAAUGACCUUGUCACGUUUUUCCCUGUUGUCCUAAACGCUCAAUGUUCUCUCUUUAAUAAAAACUCUCACGCUAU